CAGGUCGGAAGGAUUUGACGAGUUUUUGUUUAGGUUUCUGCUGUAUUUGCGACGUGUAAUCAUAAUCCAUCACUAGCAAAAUGAUUGCCUCAUGACAUCGCUUGUCAUAUACUAAUCAUGAUAUACUUGCGGACGAGAAUAGCGAUUAAGUUGUUUACGGGUAAUAACGGCAGACAGCUGUUCUGUUUCUCCUAUAUUAAUCCGUUUCGACAUAACACAACACUCAAACGACUUCCUCCAAGGAUCCAAUCAAACAACCAGAUGUCGGUAAAACCUCCGAACAUCCUCGUCUACUCGAACCUGGUGUCGGUGAAGCAAAAUUUGGUUACUACUCUUCGGACAAUCGUCAGUGCAGACAAAUACACCGUUUAUCCUGUCACGGAAGCACAGCUGAAGGCAGCAGCAUGGCCAGAAAGCACCGCUUUGCUUCUGGUGCAUGGGACAAUCGACAGCGGUUUAGCUGGUCUGUUGCUGAUCUUUUUCCUUCGUGGCGGUAAGCUGUUAAGCGUGUGUUCCAACUUGCUUAAUAUUGCGCUCAAUCGUCCUACUGAUGAGUCCAAAGCUCCCGAAAGGGUGACGUUAAACUAUGGAGUCUGGCAAAACCAGACCGUUUUGCAGCUUGUUGAGGAUUUUGAUACCAAAUCGGCGAAAAGUCGGUUGAACGAGUUUUUGAAGAAUCUCGAUAAAGAUGCCGGUGAAGCGGAUUUGGACGUCUUGAUUUCGGAACUAACGUUCGAUACGCCUAGCACCAUAUGUGCAACCGAUAGUUCAUCGAAUGGGAAGGCUUUGUUCACCUCGCUUGAUGCCAGCAAUUUUAUUGAAACCGAUUCCGGUAGGAAUGUGGGAAAGUUUGCGACGAGUUUACUGUCCGAUCUACUUCAUUCAAUCUUGCGAAUUGAGGUGCAAACAUCCGAAACCAAAGAAAAUCUCAUUUACAAAGACAGUUAUCUCCUUGGUGAGGCGGAUGUUAAAUCAAAAUUUCUUAAUGCAAUAAGUGAACAAAUGGAAAAACCAUCCUUUCUCAAUCUGAACGAACUCGCACUACAUUUUUGUGAUACGAAAGUCAUUCCACCCUCUGCGACUAUCCUGCCGGUGUUGAUCAAUCACAUUCCUGAAGAUUUCUCCACCCUGGACUACUACAGAAAUCUUAAAACAACUCUCAUCGGCAGAAUAGGGAUUUAUGUGCCCGUGGUGCGAAGUUCAACUGUGAUCGUCUCAAAUGCCAGUUUGUCCCAUGGAUUCGUGGUCAUUCCUCGUCGUCAAACUCACGGGAACGGCCGGAACAACAAUCAGUGGCUCAGUCCGGAGGGUUGUGUCAUGUUUUCGAUGCAGCUACAUGUUCCGCUGGCAAGUCAGCUUGGCCGACGACUUCCGAUAAUCCAACAUCUCGUGGCCAUCGCAAUUAUCCUGGCCGUGCGAACCAUUCCAGACUACGAAGAAUUGGAUAUUCGUUUGAAGUGGCCGAACGAUAUUUACGCUAACGGGGUAGCCAAAAUCGGAGGAAUCAUCAUUAACUCCCGCAUCCAAAGCUCGGUCGCAGUUGUUAAUGUCGGUUGCGGUGUGAAUUUAAGCAAUUCAAACCCCACAACAUGUAUCAAUGAUUUGAUACGGGAGUUCAAUCGGAACCAUGGCAAACAUCUACCAGUGUUAGGAUAUGAGCAAAUGUUAGGACUCAUCUUUACAAAAAUUGAGGAAUUAUACAAUGAAGUCCAAGAAGGCGAUUUGAGUAUCUUACAAAAUUUAUACUACAAAUAUUGGCUUCAUGAUAAUAAAAUGGUUGCAGUAAAAAACGAGGCUGGUAUCUCUUAUUCCGGGAAAAUCGUAGGUAUUGACGAAUAUGGUUAUUUGCUUGUAAGAACAGGUGAUGGGGACGAACCGGUGUACGUUCAACCAGAUGGAAACAGUUUCGACAUGAUGAAAGGAUUGAUCAUUCCAAAAUAUUGUUAGAUUUUAUUUAUUUUUGGUGGAUUAGGUUUUGUUUACAGGUGAAAAUAAAUGCAAAUUGCUUUUGCAAUCGGAUCAAACGAUGAUUGACUUUCUCAGUAAUCGAAACCCCUUUCAAAUUUGCUCGGAAUGCUCAAAUUAUGUUGGAAUUCCUAAUUCAUUACUAAGCUUUAAUUGUGUAACAAUUGUUAUAAAAUGUUACAUUUAUACAUACAUUUACUAUAUUUCACACGCUGUUCAACGGAAAUAAACAUAUAUCACGCUCACCA